AUGGCUCCCGCAGUAGUCGAUGCUCCUCCGGCCGAUGUUCCCGUCAUCACCAAGGCGGCGGCGGCGGCGACCGCACCCAAGCCGGUGAAGGCCACCGGUGUCUUGGACCAGUACGAGUCGUUUGACGUGACGCCCGUCAUCGGCCGCGAGUUCCCCAGCGCCAAGCUGGUUGAGUGGCUCAAUGCCCCCAACUCGGAUGAGCUCAUUCGCGAUCUCGCAGUGACCAUCUCUGAGCGCGGCGUUGUCUUCUUCCGCGCCCAAGAUGACCUCACCAACGACCUACAGAAAGAGCUGAUCCUACGCCUUGGCAACCUGGUUGGGCGCCCCGAGACGUCAGGCCUUCACAUCCACCCCGUCCUCAACUCGGAGCGUGAGCUUGGUGGCAGCGAUCCGGAGAUCAGCACCAUCAGCUCUGUUCAGCACGAGAAGCUCUACAAGUCGACACGCGCAGACGAGCUGAGCCCCAAGAAGCAAAAGACGGCGCAGUGGCACAGCGACAUUGCCUUUGAACCGGUGCCGGCGGACUACACGUCCCUGCGGCUGGUCCAGCUGCCAAAGACAGGUGGUGACACCCUUUGGGCUUCCGGGUACGAGCUGUACGACCGCCUCAGCGAGCCGUACCAAAAGUUCCUUGAGUCCCUCACGGCCACGUUUGAACAGCCCCGGUUCCGUGAAGUGGCCGAGAACGCAGGCUUCAAGCUCUAUGACAAGCCUCGUGGGGCGCCAGAGAACGUCGGAACAGAGCUCAAGGCCGUGCAUCCUGUCGUCCGUACCAACCCAGUCACCGGAUGGAAGAGCCUCUUCCCCGUCGGCGGCCAUGUUCGACACAUCAACGGUGUGACCGAAGAGGAAAGCAAGCAGCUUCUUGACUGGUUCCUCGACCUCGUGUACCAUAACCACGAUCUGCAAGUACGGCUGAAGUGGCAGAACCCCAACGACAUUGCCAUCUGGGACAACCGCAGCGUGUUCCAUAGCGCCACGUUCGACUACAACGAACAGGGUGAGCGUUUUGGCAACAGAGCCGUCGGCCUGGGCGAGAGGCCGUACCUCGACCCGCACAGCACAUCGAGGCGCACCGCCUUGGGACUGAAUUGA